UCUGAAGAUCUCUUAGUCUUCAUUUAAAAUUCAAAACUAAUCACUGAUGAUGCUAUAUUGUGUGUGUAAGUGCAAGAAAUUUUUGCAAGGAACUAUAUAAUCUAAACACACCAGAAAACAAUGCAGUUUGUAUAGACAAUAAUGAACUUUUAAAUAAUAAGACUCGCAUGCCUUCCAAUUUUAAGAACUUGUGGCCUGUGAAACUGGAAGGGCUGGUCAGUAAUGAAAAAUUAAAUUUCAGGAACUGGAUCUUGAAAGAAAAAGCUGUCAGAUUAGAUUGUAUCUAGCAGAUCUAGGUAAUUCAGAUGAUCACAUAAGUGUGAGGGAUCAGUAUACAGUAUACUCUGUUGUGUACAUAAAUGUGAAGGCAUGGGUACACAGGGUUUGAGCUCUUGGUAGGUUACUGGGGAAUAAAGAGAACACAUCUUUAAAAGCUCUAUGGAUGAGAUGAAAUGUUAAAAACUGGAGUUGUAAUACGCGCAUGGUUGAUUGAACGUGCUGCUUUGUCCAACAAGAGAUUUUCUCUCCCCCUUCCCCCAGAUUUGGAGACAAAUAUUUAACAGUACACUACAGCCACACUUAAGGUGAUAAAUUAUCAUUUAAGAAAUUCUGAAGGACUUUAAUUCUUGGCUAGACGAACUUUGACAGCAAGUUUUUAAAUGACAGUUGGUUAAAAACUUGGUUAAACUUUUAAAACCUUCAUUAAGUGAAGGUCCGUGAUCAUAAGGAAAAGUAAGGAGAUCCUACAGAUUUCUAUAAUCAGUGGAUAUCCUGCUCGCCUUAACAUCUCGCCCCACAAGUAUUACCUUGCCCUUUGACAUUGAAUCAAGAGAAGUAAUGCCAUGGGCAGAGAACUCGAAUACUGAACGGAGUGGGCGGAGCCUGAUGAGCGACGACACUGGAGAAAAGCUUUGUUUCUCUCUGGAUGGAUGGAAAUUAUAUUACACUUACAGCUGUUUCACAACACUUGCAAAAAUUAUGGCAGAAGAUGUAGAGUUGCAAAAUCUGGUAAAAAUUACAGUGAAAACACUGGAUCUUAAUUCUGAUCCUUUUCAGGUUACAGCAGUAUCACAAAAUGGAAAUGUUUGUGCAGAGCAAGUCCACAGAAAGGCAUGUACUUUAGCAGGCCUCCAAGUAUCCAGUUGGCCGUAUUUCACAUUGCUCGAACAAGGAAAACAACCAAUUCGCAGAUACCGCAAUGGAGACUUCAUUAAGGUUCAUGGUUCAGAUUUAUACCUCAGCAAGUGGUGCUUCCAGACUUCUUUAGAGGAAGAUUUGAUAAACAACGACCCAUGUGCAGCUCAUCUUAUUUUCCUGCAGGCAAGGCAUGAUCUUGAGACAGGAAAGCUUCAUCUACAAGACAAAGAGAGAGAGAAGCUUGAAAGAUGUACAGAAAAUGACAUUGAAGCAGAAUUCCAAUACACUUUGUUGUGUCAAAGACAGCCUGACUACCAAAGCCUUUACAUUCAUCAGUGCCGUCUUCUGAAAAAAGUGUCAACAUCAUUUGUCAUGUUGACAACUGACAGCAUGUUUGAUGUGGUAGUUUCAAAGCUUGGAGUGAAGUUUCUCACAGAGGUGACAUUUGAUUUCACGUGGUUUGAAGUAUCAAGAUGGACACUCAACAAAAAGGAGACUGUCAUCAGCUUCUCAUAUGCACCUGAAAUUUGUGAUCACAUUGAUAUUCUGCUGAAGACAGACCAAGCAGAGUUUUUCUUAUCAGGAGUUUUAGAGUUUGUCAAGAUUCUGCAGCAAGAGGAGAAACUUCAGUUAUCAUUUCAUGCAGAUAUGAUAACCACCACACCAGAUGGGAUGAUAAUCACAUGGGAAAAUGGUGUUUAUGAUCAAGCCAAGGCAAGAAACUUUCAAGAGACUUCUAGAAUUUAAUAACGUAAGAUCAUAGUUAUGAAGGUUUCUUCAUGCUCCAUUUCAAGAUAGCUUAUUCAAUAGAAACAAAAUAUGAAUAGCUGUUCAUCUGCAGCGCAAGUGACAAAAAAUCGUCUAAAUUUUUUUUUUAACCCUAACCCUUUUUUUUUCAAGAGUACGAGUACGUAUAUUUUGUUUUUGAUGACAUUUUUGAGUCAACUAUAUCACCACCACUGUCGUUCCUUGACGGCAGCAAGCGAUGCUAGGCAGUGGCAGAUGAAUUCUUUAUUGCCAACUUCUUCUCUUCUGUGAGAGAUAUCUAUGGAAUCAUCGCCGCUGCUAUUCGGAUCAUCGCCGCUGUCGUUCAUUGCUUGGAGCUGCUGAUUUGAGGUAGCGGCAGGCGUCGAUUGUGGCCAGAGCGGUCCAUCAGCAGUGACAGCGGGGCACUACUAUCGACUCACCCGCUGUCCUACAAUUUAUCAAGGGGAGGUAGCCUAGUUGUACUGCCAUUUUCCUCGGCGGGGAGCUGAACUGGUCACGUCCCGAGGACGUGCAAGUGUAGUUUCAGAGAGCCGCUAACUUUUGUCUAACGACAGAAUCCUAUAUAGAUAGAUAGUAAAAAUAGAUGACAUUUAUUGUUAGUAUUUGUCACUGAAAGAUAUGUAUAUGACUUUGAGUUCGUGUUUGGCUUUUUUAGUUAAUAGUAUUCAUUUGGACUGAUUUCAUAACUGUGUUGUCAGUUGUGUGUGAGCGUGUGGACAUGCGAAAUCGGGUGAGUGGGCUUGAAAGGGUAUAAGUCCGAUGUGAAGCAAGCCAGCAGAGGUAUCCCCUUUCCCCCCUCGAGCUAUCUAGUCAUUUUAUGGAUGUUUUUGCAUAUAUUUAUAUUAUUAUUAUUUAUAAUAUUAUUAUUAUAUGGAUCUGACCGUCUACUUGCAUGCGAACUGAUGUGGGUUACAAUAGAUUUAGCUUGAGACCUGUAUUCCUCACCAAAAGGUGUAUAUUUGCAAAAGUUUAAAUGAACCACCAGUCUGAUUACAUUACAAUAUGGAUGCAUUUGCUAUUCACAUCUAUAUAAAGAUGCUUUUCUUGUU